AUGAAACUAUGUGGUACCGCAAUCCUUGCAGUAGCAAUCUGGGUGCGAGUAAACCAAGAUGAUCAUGAGCUUAUCAGUCAUGGAAAUAUUAACUCCCAGAUUCCUACAAAUCUCUUGAUUGCUGUGGGUUCCAUUAUCAUGAUGCUGGGUUUCCUGGGAUGCUGUGGUGCCAUCAGAGAAAGCCGUUGCUUGCUCAUCCUGUUUUUCAUAGGAUUGCUUCUCAUCCUGAUUCUUCAAGUGGCUGCAGGUGUCGUAGCAGCUGUUUUAAAACCUAAGUUGGAACGUGCUCUGAAUGAAACACUCCAUGAUGAAGUAAAGCUUUUGAAAGAAACAAACGACUCUGCAGUGAAAUUUCAAAACACCAUAGCUAAACUGGAAGAAGAGUUGAAAUGCUGUGGUUUGAUCGAUGGAGCUGCUGAUUGGGGAGAUAAUUUCAAGAAAUAUUCCGACUCCUGUACAUGUUCUGAUAUACCAAAUUCGUCUUGUAUAACUUAUGAAGGAGUAUAUGUUUACAAGCAGACAUGUAUUUCUUCUAUACAACAUAUUUUUCAAAAAUCUAUUAUUGUGAUUAUUGGAAUAGCAUUUGGACUGGCAGUUAUUGAGGUACUUGGUAUGGUAUUUUCUAUGGUGUUGGUCUGCCAGAUAGCAGAAAAAUGA